ACGGCUCUAAUUUGCAAUAGUUUCGCGGAUGGCAUACCUUUCGCUUACUUUGUCUUUGUCUCCAUCGGGCUUUGUUGCCGGAGGAUUUAUCGGCCCGAGAUGAAGGACGUUACUAAAAGCGGAUCCAUGGUCCUGCUUAUUUUUAAAUCCCUCUCUCUCUCCUUCUUUCUUUUUCUUACACAUUACUCUCAACUCGCGGAUCAAGCUGCGUCGUAGAGACUUACGAUGUACAUCCAGCAAUGAGCAACGUUACAACAUCAGAGGUCGAUGACUCUGUGGAGGAAAAUAAAUCUGCACCAUGUGCUGUGGAGUUUGGCCACGACGAGCUAGUCAAACUGACCAAAGAGGCGAUAAACAAAAUAAUUGAGAGCGAUCCUCUGUUUUCGGGAAUUCCAGCCGAUGCUACAGUUGAGGAAAUCAAGUCACAGUCAGCAGUUGCUCAAGGUCAAGCGAUCACACUUUACUUGAAUCGUGGAGAAUUGCCGAUGCUUUCUGUUGUGGUGCCGCCUCACAACACGACGGUUCUCGAUUUGAAAAAGGCAAUAAAACGUCACACGCUUUUGGCCCUGAAAAGAGAGAAGGUAACAAAGAAGAUAAGCUGGAAGCACGUAUGGAAAAAGUACAACGUAUGCUUGGGCAGUACACAGCUGGUAAACGACAAUGAAAACAUAAAGAACUACGGCCUGACUAACAAAGUGGAGUUACAUUAUGUAAAAAAACGGCGAGAGAAAAAUAAAGGAGUCAAAAUCUAAACCCAAUUUGUCGUCGACGAUGUCAGCAAGAUAAUAAAAGAUGCGAUCGAGGUGUCCAUCGGGGGCAACGCCUACCAACAUACUAAGGUUAAUCAAUGGACAUCUCAUGUAGUUGAAGCC